UGUAUACGUAUGUAUAUAUGUUCUCAUUAUUCUGCUAUUAGGUACUAGCAAUGUCCAUUGAAGAGAAUUACGUGAGUAGAACGCUUAGCGUGGAAGAAACCAUAACAUCUUUGAAGACACCCAUAUCAUUGUUUACCAAGUACGUUCUGCGGGUGAUAAUACCCUGGUGUCGAAAAGCUGUCACGCUCAGAGAAAUGACAAAAAACGUAUGUGUAUCUGCUGUGCAUAUAUUGAGAUUAGCUUAUAGACGACUUGGUGUUUUGAUGGUUAAAGAAAGUUACAUACCCGAUGAACAGCUCAUAUUUUUCCUGACGCAUCAAGAGAUCGGGCAACUGUUGAAUAAGCAUAAUCAAUUACUCUUACGCAAAGCGCUACGUAGAAGAAAGAUUUAUCAGAAAGUAGCAAAAUUUGAAUAUCCGGAAUUCAGUACUGGCAUGCCCGUGCCAAUAGAGCCGACCUUCGAUACUUCGUCCUACGAAGGAUGUACAAAGAUUGAGGGUACUUCAGUUUGCGGCGAUUCUGUAUUAGGCAGAGCGUGUGUGAUAACCGAUCUAUCCGAAGCAAAAAUUAUACAGCAUGGAGAUAUUUUGAUUACAUACUGCACCGAUAUCGGUUGGAGUCCAUAUUUUCCGUUAUUAGCUGGAAUCGUAACAGAAUUGGGUGGUUUAAUAAGUCAUGGCGCCGUUGUGGCAAGAGAGUACGGUCUUCCUUGCAUCGUUGGUGCAAAAGGCGCAACCCAAGUUUUUAAAACGGGUGACACUGCAUUAUUAUCGGGAGACGGAACGUUACAACUGAUUAAAAAAGCCUAAUUAUUCUAAUUUGAUUUUAUGUGGAUUUAUAUGGAUA